AUGGUAACCACAACCAAAACAAUCGCUGAACUAAACUCGUCCCCGGCUCUCUUAGUUAUAUUAGUAAUUUUUACAAUGGAUCCUCUUUACCUGGCUUUGAGCUUGUUCAGGCGAAGGCGGUACGACAAAUGCGUGGAAGUUUGCACGGGAAUUUUGGACAAGCAGCCGCUGGACCAAGCGGCGUGGUGUUUGAAAAUGCGCGCGCUCACCCAGAAGGUCUACGUCGACGAUUUGGAAAACGAAGAAGUACCCGAACUGGAUUUUCUGGACGACAAUGUAUUGGCCACCGCCCCCAGGCCGGGUACCUCCAUGAAAACGGCGGUGGUACCCCCGACCGGAGCCUUAAGUGCUAGACCGAGAACAUCAACAGGCAGACCGAUGUCAGGAGUGGCGAGAUUAGGGACGCACGUCAGGCCGGAAUCGGCCUUAGACAGGGCGCGGACGGCGCGACCGCUCACCGGCACCGCCUCCCGCACGGUCCGGCUGGGCACCGCCGCGAUGCUCGCCCAGAAAGACGGCCCCUUCAUCCAGGUAUCCAGGCUGAAUUUGGCCAAGUACGCCGACGACCCCUGCCUGUCGAAGCCGCUGUUCGAGUACCUGUUCUUCUGCGACGGGGACACCAGGGCCGCCAUGGAGCUGGCCGUGCAGGCGACGCAACGGUCGCGCUUCGACGACUGGUGGUGGAAGGUGCAACUGGCCAGGUGCUACUCGGCGAUGAAUCUGAUCAGGGAGGCCGAGCAGCAGCUGCGGAGCGCCGUCAAGCAGCAUUACAACGUGGAGACGUUCGUUAGACUGGCCAGGGUCUAUUCGAGAGUAGAUCAACCACUGUCGGCUAUAGAUAUUUGUAAAUCUGGAUUAGAAAUAUUCCCUAAGGAUGUUACUAUAAUGACGGAACUGGGGAGGUUGUACGAAGGUUUAAACGAUACUAAUAAUUCAGUGAAAUACCACAGGAAUAUUUUAAUAGAAGAUGCUAUUAACAUAGAAGCUGUAGCUUCGUUGGGAAUGCACCAUUUCUACAACAACCAACCAGAGUUGGCUCUAAAAUAUUACAGAAGAGCGUUAUCGAUUGGGGCGCAUUCUGGUGAACUAUACAACAAUUUAGGCUUGUGCUGCCUGUUCUCGCAGCAAUUCGAUUUCGUUUUGCCGUAUUUCCAGCGAGCGCUCGAACUCGCCACUGAGGCCAGCGCCAAGGCUGAAGUUUGGUACAAUUUGUCGCACGUAGCCUUGGCGGCUGGAGAUGUACAACUGGCUGUGCAGUGCUUGAACUUGUGCCUCAGCUCGGACGCCGCGCACGCGCCCGCUUUUAAUAAUCUGGCAGUGUUGUACCACAAAAUGGGCAAGUCCAGUUUGGCCAAAGCGUAUUUGAACACUGCCAAGUCGCUGGAACCAGAAUUGGGAGAAGUACAAGGGAACUUGGAGUACCUUCAAAAAUUGUAG